AAAUGCAUAUACAUUUUCAAAAUUUAGCUAAAAUACUACUACUAUGGAGUCUUCACAUUUCUUCCAGUUGAGACGUUCUUCUUUUGUGCUUCAGUAACACCUUCUGCAUACCUCUUUUACAACACUUACCACGCAUUCUCUUAAAAAGAAUGAAGGAUAUGAGCAGACACUUCUCAAAAGAAGACAAUUAUGCAGCCAACAGGCAUAUGGAAAAAACCUUAUCAUCACUGAUCAUUAGAGAAAUGCAAAUCAAAACCACAAUGAGAUGCUAUCUCACGCCAGUUAGAAUGGCGAUCAUUAAGAAGUCAGUAAACAACAGAUGCUGGAGAGGAUGUGGAGAAAUAGGAACACUUUUACACUGUUGGUGGGGGUAUAAAUUAGUACAAUCAUAUUAGAAGACAGUUGUGGCAAUUCCUCAAGGAUCUAGAAUCAGAAAUACCAUUUGACCCAGCAAUCCCUUUACUGGGUAUAUACCCAAAGGAUUAUAAAUCAUUCUACUGUAAAGACACAUGAACAUGUCUGUUAAUUGCAGCACUGUUCACAAUAGCAAAGACUUGGAACCAACCCAAAUGCCCAUCAAUGAUAGACUGGAUAAAGAAAAUGUGGCACAUAUACAACAUCAGUUACUGUGCAGCCUUAAAAAGGGAUGAGUUCAUGUCCUUUGCAGACUAUCGUGAGGAGGAAAAGAAAGUCUUAAAUGGCAUGCUUCCCAAGAGCCAGGUGACAGAAACACUUGCCAAAGAAGGUCCUAGUUAUCCAAGCUAUGAUUGGUUCCAAACAGACUCUUUAGUCACCAUUGCCAUAUAUACUAAACAGAAGGAUAUCAAUUUAGACUCAAUAAUAGUUGAUCAUCAGGAUGAUUCCUUUAGAGCAGAAACAAUUAUUAAGGAUCAUUUAUAUCUUAUACAUAUUGGGCUAAGCCAUGAGGUUCAGGAAGAUUUUUCUGUGCGGGUUAUUGAAAGUGUGGGAAAAAUAGAGAUUGUUCUAAAGAAGAAAGAGAAUACUUCUUGGAACUUUCUUGGCCAUCCCCUGGAGAAUCAUCAUUCACUUAUUCCAAGGAAGGAUACGGGCUUGUACUACAGAAAGUGCCAGUUAAUUUCCAAGGAAGAUGUUACUCAUGAUACAAGGCUUUUCUGUUUGAUGCUGCCACCAAGCACUCAUCUUCAAGUGCCCAUUGGGCAACAUGUUUACCUCAGGCUACCUAUUACAGGUACAGAAAUAGUAAAGCCAUAUACACCUAUAUCUGGUUCCUUAUUCUCAGAGUUCAAGGAACCAGUUCUUCCCAACAAUAAAUACAUCUACUUUUUGAUAAAAAUCUAUCCUACUGGACUCUUCACACCAGAGCUUGAUCGUCUUCAGAUUGGAGAUUUUGUUUCUGUAAGCAGUCCUGAGGGCAAUUUUAAAAUAUCUGCGUUCCAAGAAUUAGAAGAUCUCUUUUUGUUGGCAGCUGGAACAGGCUUCACACCAAUGGUUAAAAUACUGAAUUAUGCUUUGACUGAUAUACCCACUCUCAGGAAAGUGAAGCUGAUGUUCUUCAAUAAAACAGAGGAUGAUAUAAUUUGGAGAAGCCAACUGGAGAAAUUAGCGUUUAAAGAUAAAAGGCAGGUGUUGAACAAUGAGAACACAUGGACGCAGGGAGGGGAGCACUACACACUGAGGCUGGAUGUUGAAUUUGUUCUCUCAGCACCUACUUCUGAAUGGAAUGGCAAACAGGGACAUAUUUCACCAGCUCUUCUUUCUGAAUUUUUUAAAAGAAAUUUGGACAAAUCUAAAGUUCUUGUCUGCAUUUGUGGACCAGUGCCAUUUACAGAACAAGGAAUAAGGCUGGAGUGCAGUGGCACGAUCUCAGCUCACCGCAACCUCCACCUCCUGGGUUCAAGCAAUUCUCCUGCUUCAGCCUCCCAAAUAACUGGGACUUACAGGUUGCUGCAUGAUCUCAACUUUUCCAAAAAUGAGAUCCACAGUUUUACAGCAUAAUGAAGAGCUGUCAUUAUCCUUUAUUCAGCUAGUUUAUCUAACUUUGUGAUUGCUUAGGGUUUUUUAAGAGAACAUUUUUGUACAUAAUAAAAGGUUAACUAGAAUCCAGGGGGCUUCAGUUUCUUAAAUGAAAUCAAAUGUUCCUUAAGUACAGGUAACUUCUUGGCUUUUUUAUGUACCAUAACUUAUUUUACUACUGAUAUUUGACCUGGAAAGUUAAUCAUGGCAACAAAUACAUCCAGGAUUCUUUGUUAUGAAUCACAAAUUUUCUUGCCAUAUAAAUUGUAUCACUGUUCUACAAUAAGCACUUGUGUUUUAUGACACGAUAAAGUAAAUGAUCACUUUGAUCACAUUUCUAUGCUGUAAAAUGUCUUAUUAGCAAUACAGAUUAAAUUUUACAUUGCAUUGUUAACUCAGGAAAUGAUCAUUUAUGUCCUUGUUAUUGAAACAUAGAAUGUUAUAACUUAUUAAGUGAUACAAACAUUGUUGUGUGUAUGUAUGGCAUUGAUGCAGAAUAGAAUAAAAUCAUACUUAAGUUCUUUUUAA